AUGGGUGGCGAUGGACAGGCGCUGGCGAACAAGCGUUCGCUGCUUCAGAAGUCAAGAGUGUAUGUCACUACAACCGACUUAGAGUCUGGACAAGCAAAGGAGAAAACAUCGCAUAAGUCACGAACGGUGGAGCGGUGGACUCACUGCGCCUUCUCUCUGCAACCGCUAGAAGCACCGGCAGUGUUUGACGCAGCUGGUAAUGUGUUUUCAAAGCAGAGCGUUAUUAACUAUCUGCUCGAUCGGAAGGAGCGUAGUGAUGCCGCAGUACGAGACAAGGAAGACACGUUUUCUAUAAAGAAGCUAGCCGAUGUGAAAGAGAUUUCGAAUAAAGGCGAAAGGGAUGGAAGCUUUUGCUGCCCUAUUACAGGUUACUCCACAUUGUCAGGGGUGCACUCCUUUGUCGGUUUCUGGGGAUGCGGGCACGUUGUGUCUGCCUCGACAUGCAGCAAAUCGGACGAUUUGAAGUCACAGGUCGACGUUGAAUGCCCUUUUUGCGGUCUUCAAUCGUUUUACGUCCGUCUUGUUUGCAACGAUACAGAAGUCGCGGAGGGUCAACAGAAGUUUCUGCGGCAUUACUUGAAGAGACUCCGAAAGCGUGUGCGGGAUGCUGACGUGGAAUAG